CAGUUAUAUGAAGAUAACAGGAUGAUUCUGUUCUGGUCUUUAUUUUAGACCAUUUCCAGAUCGGCGACUCUUGUUUCUCUCCGGACGUAAAUAAGAGACGUGCUGUUCUUCUUCCUGUUUUGUUUUUCUUUCGCUCCCCAUCUGCUCGGUUCAAUAGAAAUGGAAGAACCUGCAAGGCAGAUACACAACCACAGUCUACCCGUGAACAUACCACGUCUCUUUAAACCGGGCCGAACCGUGUAGACUCUACGGCAGAAGCAGGCAGAAGCAAAGAGCCGUCCUCCGGCCCCGGUGUCUGAAACAUGGCACUCAGCUCGGGUAGCUGGGCUCUCCCAGCCCCGGUGCCUGCCUCGUCCCAGCAGCCUGCGUGCAGCGGCCCCAGCCCGGCUGCAUGCUGCAGCACUGUCCUGAUGUCAGUCCGCGUAUCGGUGUCCCACUCCGGGAUCAGACCCCUGUGCCUACCUGGGGCGGGCAGCGACUCUCUGCGGCUGCAGCUCAGCAUGGACCCGAACCUGGCCGGAGAGUUCCGCCUGGCACUGCGAGAUACGAGCGGAAACCGCAGUGUGUUCAUUGCAGAGUUUGACCUGCGCUCGGUGCAGUACGAGGUCAAAUCCUCUCGCUGCCAUGAGAUGCGCCUUGCUGCUUCGCCUCACGACUGCAUCCGCUUCAACUUCCGCUGCGACCGCGAGGCCGAGGCCUGGUCCACCGUGGUGAUAUCGUCACUGAGAGAGGCACACAGAGUGGCAAAAAUAAACGCCUGUGAAUUGGACGGGAAACACAACUCUGAAGCAGCGGUGGAUCAGAGGAGCUCGACCUCUCUGACGCUCUGUGAGGAGUUGUGCUCGGAGCUCUCCAAAGUGAUCGAAGCAGGCGACAUUCAGGCUGCCUCCCAGCACGCGUCUGCACUGGCUCGACAAAAAGCGAUGCUGACGAUACAGCCGUCCCAGAAAAACUACACAGAUGGAGAAAUCAGUUUAUCCGUGGUGGUGGAAGACGCCUCUUCUUCUUGUUGCGUCACAGUUAUAGUCUUUCCCUACAUGUCUGUAGCUACACUCAAACAACAGGUCUUUCUAGAGUAUGGUUUCCAUCCUCGUGUGCAGCGCUGGGUGAUCGGUCAGUGCCUGUGCUCUGAUCCGCGCUCACUGGCUUCCUACGGAGUUCAGAAAGACGGCGAUACAGCAUACCUUUACCUGAUCUCUGCCAGACAAGCUCACAUUACACGGCAGCUGUUCCAGCAGGACCUGGAGAACUCCCUGAUGGCUUCGGCGCUGCCCCCUGGAAGCAGCCUCACCUCCCAGGUCUGGAGGGGUUACAGCACUCUGCCAUCAAAGCUUCCCCACAACAACCAGGCAGAAACAAGUGGAGGGAAUAACAAAGCAGGAGACAUCAAAGACGUCCUCGAUUUUGAGAAGCUGCAGCUGAAUGAUCACUCCAACAAGGCUAGUAAGACGCAGCAGACAGAGUGGGCCUGUCCUUCGUGCACUUUCAUUAACAAGCCGUCUCGCCCGGGCUGCGAGAUCUGUGCCACCGCCAGACCCGACGUGCAGAGCUGCAUCCAGCAGGAGAAAGGACGGAGAGAGGAUCGCAGAGAAUCUGGUUUGAGCCGCAGCUGACUGCAACGUCAUAGCCGCCCGGAUUUUGUUUCUCGCUCACUCCCACACACACAUACACACGCCAAGAGUGAGCAGUUUAGAUCUGAAACACACUUGUUGGCGAAAUACUCAGAGGGAGAAUAAAGUGCACUGAUCACCAUCUGACUGGAGCGAGGCGGCGCCACUUGAUCCACUGACAGUUUUGUCUGUUUAAAUAUGGACACCAUGACAUGACUGUGACGUACAUCUCAUUUGGCCAGACAUCUUCGCUAUUUGUUUUGGAGUGGGUGUCUGUGUGUGUGUGUGCGUGCGUGUGUGUGUGGCCCAAGCAGCCUGAUAUUUAUUUUAGCAGAGAAAGGGACUGACGUUGUUUCUUUGCAGCCGAAAAUGAGGGAAUGUCGCGUGCAGCGUCCCCCAGAUGCGGAGAGGGCAGAGAUGAUGCUUUGUGCAAUAGCCUGAUAAUCUGUUAAUCUGUCACCUGCAGCAGGAUGACAGAUUAAUGCCAAAACAUUGUUGGAAAACUAAACGCAUGCGCCAUGUACAGGGUUGUAUUUAGUGUAAUAUUUUUACUAAAAUGCAUUAACAAUGUGAUGUAAAUUUCAAAUAGUAGUUUAAUUGUAUUUGAUUUCCUCUGAGGUGUGAAAGCGAGGAAAGAUCCACUCAGUGCAUAAUCUAUACAUAAAGGAAGGAAUCUG